AAUUAUUUAAAAUUAAAAAGGAUGUUUCAAGAGCACCUCCGGGUGCAGAAUCCAAUCACUCAAGGAAACAGUGGUCAGGGCUGCGGAGACAGGAACCUUCUCACAAUGGCUGUGGUUUCUAGAAUAACUGCUUUGUAUUGGGCUCUUAAUCCAACUACCAUGGACAACGAGCAGCCUCACCAGGAACUGGUGAAGUGCGUGGUGGUCGGUGACACAGCUGUGGGCAAGACGCGGCUGAUCUGCGCCCGGGCGUGCAACAAACACGUAUCUCUAUCUCAGCUCAUGACCACUCACGUCCCGACUGUAUGGGCCAUUGAUCAAUAUAGGAUUUACAAAGAUGUCCUUGAACGAUCUUGGGAGGUGGUUGACGGUGUGAACGUAUCAUUAAGGUUAUGGGAUACUUUUGGUGAUCACGAAAAGGAUAGAAGAUUUGCUUAUGGAAGAUCGGAUGUUGUUUUAUUGUGUUUUUCAAUCACCAAUCCGAUAUCUUUAAGAAAUUGCGGUGCUAUGUGGUAUCCUGAAAUCAGGCGAUUCUGUCCAAACACACCAGUGCUAUUAGUCGGAUGUAAGAAUGAUCUACGCUAUAUGUACAGAGAUGAGACAUAUUUGAACUACUGCAAAGAUCGCAGCCCAUUUAUUAGGGCCCCAAGGAAAAGCGACUUGGUAAUGCCGGAUCAAGGGCGUGCGUUAGCUCAUGAGUUCGGUAUAUACUACUAUGAAACAUCAGUGUUCACAUACUAUGGUGUUAACGAGGUGUUUGAGAACGCUAUCCGCGCUGCCCUUAUAGCUCGCAGGCAGCAGAGAUUCUGGAUGACUAACUUGAAGCGAGUGCAGCGGCCAUUGUUGCAGGCCCCUUUUAGACCACCGAGACCGAUGGAACCCGAAGUGGUGACAGUGAACAGCGUUUAUUUAGAAAAUAUGACGACAUUACUACGUCAACAGUAUUUCUCAGACAUGGUGAUAAUCUGUGGCGCGAAAGGUUUUCCCGUACAUAGGUUCAUGUUGGCGGCGGCGUGUGAGGCUUUCCAUCGUCUACUUACUACGGAUUGUGUCAGUCUAUCAGCUGAACUGGCUCGUAGCUCCAGCGAGAGUAGUAUGGUGAGCAGUAUGGGAGAAGCGACAACAGGCGACUUUAAUGAAGAUACUGAAUACUUGAUUAGGCAAGACCAAGCCAAGCAGAUGAGAGUCUGGGAUCAGAUCAAGCGGCGAUCUUCCUGUCAGAUUUUACCACUCAGUGAUAAUUGCAGGAAGCCACCAGAUCUAUACAGAGAAGUCAACCAUCCUGCGAUUAACUCUAUUAGAGUUGUCAAGUGCGACAAAAUACAACAUGCGACCUCACAAACCCAAACUAUAGUCACGAUGAGCAAGUUGAUAUCACAAAAUGUGAUGCAAGAAAUUAUUAAUUUCAUUUACACCGGGACUUUGGAUAGUAGUGCCUUUAAACAACAGGAGAUACGUCAAGCGGCAGAACUUCUCGGCUUCCAUGAGCUGAGCAAACUAAGCCAGUUUAUACUGGAUCAGCAUCUUUUGUUCGAUAAAGGAUUUAUGUUACAAUUUCAUACUUCAUUCCCGCAAAGAUUGCGUGAAAUGUGCGUAGAACGCAACAUGUUCGCUGACGUGACGUUUGACUUGGACGACGGGAUACAUUUAGCUCACCGCGCGGCGCUCAUGGCCCGAUGUGAUCCAAUGAAGGCUAUGUUCCAGGGACAUUUUAGGGAGAGCACGUCCAGAGUGAUCUCAUUCCCCGGCGUCAAGAUGUACGCGUUCCAAAUCCUUCUCUGCUAUAUAUACUCUGACAAGAUACCAACGGUGGAGCCGACGCGAUGCCUCGAACUAUUGGAACUGGCUAAUCGUCUCUGUAUGAAUCGCCUCGUUAAUCUCGUAGAAGCCAGGGUCAUUGAGCACCUGCAGCAUCAAGACAGGGUAUGCGGCGAAGAGGAUCAAGUUGUUGAAAUAUGCCUGUCCUUGUUGGAGCCCGUUAAGUUGCACAACGCACACAGCCUAGCGGAGUGGUGCACGUGGCGGCUGUGCGGCGCGUACGACCGCGUGUGCCGCGCGCGACAUCUCAGUCAAUCCUCGAGGGAAUAUUUAGCGGACAACCGCUGGCCGCCUGUGUGGUAUGUGAAAGAAUAUGACUACUAUCAGAAAUGUCUGAACGAGCAGUCCAAAGACCAGAAAGAGAUCAGACCAACCACAUCGCUACAAGCGAAUCAGCAGACUGGAUGUCUUUGUUUUACCAGUAAGUUAUAA